CGGGCGGAAAUCCCUGCUUCGGAUUCCUCAGCCGGAAGCCCGAGGAGAUAGAAAACAGAAAGCCGAAUCGGAAAACCACGAGAGCAACUUUAAAAAAAAAAAAAAAAAAAAAGUCGAAGAAGGCUGAGACCCUCCGCUUUGGAAAGCUUUCCGAAGCGUCACUCGCCUCCCAGCGAAUGCAUUGGAGUCCUUUCGGAGAAUCGGCAAGUGGGCGGGGCUUGAGGGUAUAAAACGGAAGUUGCCGACGUUCUUCCGGGAAGGGCCGUCCGUUGCUGUCCGACUCACACACCGAUCCCGCAAUAGGAAAAAGCAGCACCGGCGGAGGCGACGGCGGCGGCGGCGUUGGCGUUCUGAGGCGGGGCUGCCCGGGUUGCUUGGCCCUUUCCCUGGCUCGCUCUCCUCCCCGUCUCCUUUCCUCUCCCCCUCACCCCUCGCCCGGCUUCCCCGCCCUUCCCGUCCCGUCUCUCUCGGGCGGCCAGGCCGCGGGAAUCGCCAUUCCCCCCUACCUUUCCCUCCUUCUCUUUUCUCAAGAGACCGGAGUAGCCUUGGGCUGGGCUUGGCUGCGGUAGCCACUGGGGGACAGGCCGAAGCCAGGGUCAGAAGGGCGAAGGAACAGUCCGCCGAGCCAGCCAAGAUGAUCAAGCUAUUCUCGCUGAAGCAGCAGAAGAAGGAGGAGGAAUCGGCUGGCGGCACCAAAGGCUCCAGCAAGAAAGCGUCUGCCGCUCAGCUCCGCAUCCAGAAAGAUAUAAAUGAACUGAAUUUGCCGAAAACAUGUGAAAUAGACUUUUCAGACCAGGAUGAUCUUCUCAAUUUUAAGCUAGUUAUCUGUCCUGAUGAGGGAUUCUAUAAAGGUGGGAAAUUUGUGUUCAGCUUUAAGGUCGGGCAAGGUUACCCACAUGAUCCUCCCAAAGUCAAGUGUGAGACUAUGGUGUAUCACCCAAAUAUAGACUUAGAAGGCAAUGUUUGCCUAAAUAUCCUCAGAGAGGACUGGAAGCCUGUACUAACAAUAAACUCUAUAAUUUAUGGCCUGCAGUAUCUCUUCUUGGAGCCAAACCCUGAAGAUCCCUUGAACAAAGAGGCUGCUGAAGUACUCCAGAACAACAGACGCCUGUUUGAGCAGAAUGUCCAGCGCUCGAUGCGGGGUGGAUAUAUUGGUUCCACCUACUUUGAGCGCUGCCUCAAAUAAAACUGACUGGCUCCGGGCACAAACUUGCUCCCCCUUCCCUCCCCUCAUCUCCCUUCUAGCUCUUUAAAGGGACUCGGCCAACACCGCUGUCUUCAAGGGGGCACAGGAGUCAGAAAUGGCAGGGGGUCCUUUCCAUCUUUUUUCUCCCCUUUUCUCCCCAACUGCUCACCCUACUGCCCCCUGCCAGCCUGGAGCUUCAGCAGCCACCUUCUCACCAGAUCCUUGUACCUCCCUCACUGCUCUCUCUCUGCUGCUGUGGGGUGAGGGCUGAGGUUACUGCUGCUUCUUUGUCUCACUCCUUGUGUUGGGGUAGCCACCUGUUCCUGACUGUGUGGGACCCCAUCGGUCUUUCUGGGAGCUGUGGUUUUGCUGCUAAGAACAGAAGGCUCCCUAUGUGCUCUGGCAUUCCUUCCUGCAAAUGCAGUGUUAUUCAGCUGCGAGAUCUGCAGGCCACUUUCCUCUCCUGCUGGGCACUGCGGCUUCUGACCGUAACUAUUUAUUAAAUGGGGGAGGCUCUUGAGGACUGGUGGAAGGCUGGAGCAGGGUGCUCAGCUGCCUUCACUCCGCCCCAGGCAUUGUGGCUCAAGGGGGAGGGGCUUGGCCAGGCCUGGGAUAUUUCUUCUAGGAUCAACUCACUUGGGGUCUGGUUUUUAAGGAAAAACUAAUAAAGCCACCACCAUCACCAUCAAACCCACCAAUGCUAAUAGUAGUAGUAAUAAAAGUAACAGGGACACUACUGAUCCUAUUGUUGUCAACCAGGGCCUGCCCAGCAAUGAACUCUACUCUGCCUCUCCAGUGACUCCUGCAAAUCCCUGGCCAACAUAAAGCCACUGUAAUUCUAGUGUGUCGGGUUAUUAAAGGGGAAUGUUAGCACAUUCAAUUUGCCCCCUUGCCUUUCAUUUUCUGCUUCCUUCUUCCCUGGUUGGUGCAGGGGUGGAGUGGACAGAGGAAAGUGAUAUGUAUUGAUAUUGACAGUGGUCACAGUAAUAUUCUGUGCCAUCCUGAGAAACAGAAGGAAGAAACUGGAGGUGAGUCCUGAAGAAGUGAUGGGAACAUUUUGACAGUUGACUUUGGCAUACUAGUUAGACACAUUUCCCCCAUAUAGAAGUACAGUUGCCACAAUUGAUACAGAAUACUCUGCCUGCAUAUUUGGAUAUCUCAGUAUAGCCGUUAGAGCAGAAUUGAUUUUAUGACUGUUCUAUGAUGUAGGAUCUAACAAAGAUUCUGACCUUCCACCAUAAUAAAUUCUGCUUUGCUGAUAAAAUCCAUUUCACAAA